ACGAGGCGAGCGCUGAUCCUGUCUCUCCGUCUCCCGUGCCUGAAAAAAUGAGUGAAUCGAAGGGUCUUGAGAUAAGAAUUGAAACAAAAGAGAGUUUUUCCACUCCUACUGGACCGACAAAUGGGUCUGACGGGCCUUUGAGCCCAACAUAUCUGAGUGUGGGAUCAGAUGAUGGCAGUGCCAUGGAGAUCUACUACAGUGCUGAAGAGGACAACACAGAGGAGAGCCCGCAUGUAGAGGUGUACAAGGUGGAUGAAAGAGCAAAAAGCCCUGUGGUAGAUGUUGUAAAAGAGGCCUGGCUGCGUGAGGACCUUCCACACCAGGGAGAGAUCACAGAAAGCAGGAUAAAGAAGAGAGAUGAGGGAGAAUUUAGAGUGUUGAUUGUUAAAAUGCAGAGCGAGGAAGGUAAAAUGGGCAAUGACGAAGAGAAAGAGGAUCUCAAUAGUCGGACUGAAGUGCAAGUGAGAGGUCAGAGGUCAGAGGAUCAAGUGCAGGAGAUUAAAAUGUCUGACUUUCUUGUUGGCAAUGAUGCAAAGACUCAGGAGAAAGACGAAGCAGCCACAGUGUUGCCACAAGUGAAAGAAGGGAAGGGGGAGGAGGAGAGAAAGGAGGAGUUACCGGCCACACCGGUUCAGCAGGUGAAUACACGGAUGGUAUGCGACUUGGCUCCACCCUCCAAUGAGCCGCAUGGGCAAGGGGAGGGAUCGGCAGGAAAUGGGACCACGAAAUUGGAAACAGAAGACCCCCCUAAUGGAGAGAAGCAACUUGCAAGCCAGGAGAUACAAUAUAUGUCCCACAAAGACAUUAUGAUUUCUGAAUACAUGCAGGCUGUCUCCAGUAACACAGGAGAGGAAGAUGUGAUCACACCCAGAUUUAGAGAGGCAGAUGAGCAAGUUUCCCCAACUGCAGCGGCACAAAAAAUAGUCGAAGUGAGCACAGAAACCAGCAGUGUCACUACAGCAAGUGCAGUCACAGAUCCGUCUGCCGGAGUAGAGGUUGUCACGGGCACUUUGACACACAGUGCCGAGCUGCAAUCAAAUGCCACGCAGAUUGAACACAAUAGGGCUCCGCAGAGUAGUGAGUGGGUGGAUACAAUUACUGAGAGCACAGACAGAACCAGGACGGUGCAGGAACAGGUGGCAGUCGAGCUGUCAGCCCAGAGCAUAGACACACACCUUCCUGACACCAAAGCUGCUGAGACCCUGUCAGAGAGACAAGAGCAUCCAGCAGAGGCGCAACCCGACCUGACUCAGGGGUCCCUGGCAGAAUCAAGGACACCCACAGCAGCUUCAGAAGUCUUUGCUUCAGAAAAUAAGGCGACUGCAGCCAACAAGGAAUCGGUUGACGAAAUGAGUUCAAGCUACAGCAACCUGAGCACCAAACUAUACAUGAAGACUUCAUCUCCCCCUAAAGAGAAUGAAUCCAAAAGUCGUUUCCGUAAAGUAUCUCUGGUCAAUAAUACCGAUACCAAAGAGGUGGUGGAUACAGCGGACAUCAGCAAAACAGGCACUACUGUCACUGAGUCAAAUGGGACAGAUAUCAGCUCAGACUUCAAAUGGAAAAAUAGAUUUGAGGCGGUUGCUCAAUAUAGACCAUACAAAAACGAUUUUUCCUCCUUUACUGAUUCUCUGAGUUACAGAGUGUCUGACACAGACACCAGUCCCCCUUCCUCCUCCUCCUCCUCCUCCUACUCCUUCUCCUCCUACUCCUCUGCUGUCCCCGAGGCUACAGCAUACAAACAUCUCAGCAACGCCUUUUCCUCCUCCUCCUCCACCUCCCCUCCGGACGAACACAUUACCCUUGGCAACCAGCUGAGUGACAGCACCAAAGUUUAUCUGAGCCAUGAGAGCGAGCCAGCGGGAGCACCGAGGGAUGAGUGGAGGAGGAGUUUAGUGGAGCAGGAGGAGCCUGCUGCACCUGCAGGUGAAAGAGAGAAACAGAGAGUAGCAGAGUCAGAGAGGAUAAAGUCACGCUGGGAGUCACAAGAGCUCCUUGUGUCCAGCUUCUCGUCUUCAAAACAAACCACCUACGACGUCGUCGACAGUUUCAAAAAAGAAGACGACGACGACGCAACCCUUUUUACUGGAGUGUUCAAGGCUACACUCGUGGAGCUGGUCUCCGAACCUGCAGCUCCCCCUUCCACUCCCCCUGCCUCCCCUGAGGCAGACUCCCCCUACCAGUCUGACAUGGAUAGCCUGGUGGAUACCCUGAAGAGCAUGGGACCCUCUCUGAGGCCCAGGGCGGGGUUGGGCCCACGUCCGCCUGCUCCAGUCCUCAUUUCGUCCCUGCCACCAAUCGUGGAGGACGCUCCCAGCCCCAUCACUGCUGACAUCCCUGGAAUCCUCAGUCCCACAAAAAAGAUGGAAGCAAUCAGCAACCCUGCUGAGUCCCUCAAACCUCUUUACACUCUGCCUGCUGACAUCGGACUCAAGAAGAACAACAACAGAGACAAUCGUUCACCACUGGAACUGAUGAAGCAUAACCAGCAGGACCAGCAGCAGCCUGGAAAAGGAGGCCUGAACUUGCCCCUGAGAGCAUCUACUGCAAACAGUUUAGUUAUGAGAAAAUCCUCUGACUCUUCUCCUGAGGAAUUAAAAUCCCCAGUGCUGAAUGGAAACGGACUGCUUCAGUCUUCCAUAACUGGCUCUCGCCUAGAUAACAGUGUCAUCUUUGGAAACCACAGGUCUGCAUCCAUAGAUCAGCCUUUGGAAAAUGGAAAGGCCCAUCGCUCACUCUUCCGCACCGCCUCGCUGCCUGAAACAGGGCUCUCAAAUGAUCGAAUGAGCAUGGGACCGAAGGAGCUCAGUGAACUUGGGACCAAAACAGACCUAGCAGGGUCACGCUUUGAGCGCCUCUCCUUCCUUUUGAACUCCCCACCCUCCUCAGGCUCCCUGCCCGGGUCUGAGGACUCCAAUGCUCGUAUGAGUCGGCCUCCGCUAAUGGGCAUCGGCUCACCACCCGCCAUUAACAGUCCCACCCGCCUCCUCAGCCCCACUGGAUCCAUUGACCUCCAGAGGCCUUUCACCACCACAGACUCCCCCUUAUCUGUGUUUGGCCAGACACAGGGGCUGGGGAUGGGUGUAGGUACUGGGGUACUGAGCACUCCCAUCCUGCAGAGGAGCUUCAGCAGUGAGGGCGCCGUGGGGGUCCAGCCUACUUCAUUGUUCAACAGUUUGCACAGAGGGCUCCAGAGCCAAGAAGUCGAGACUGAGAGGAAUCUCGCAACAAAAUACCGGGCCUUCCCUGACGCUUAUCUCACAAAAGAGAAGGAACAUGGGAAGCUCAAUCCCCGUCCUGGAAAGAUGUACAUCUUUGACCGGCCGGGGAUGUGCGGCCAGAGGCUCGAGGUGCGCAGUGAUGUCAUCGAUGCUACGCCCUGGGAGCUGCAGGAGACCAUCUCUAUCAGAGUUAUCAGAGGAGGAUGGGUGCUGUAUGAGAAGCCUAACUUCAAAGGGGAGAAGAUCGCUCUGGAUGAGGGAGACAUAGAGAUCACCUAUCCCUUCAGCCCUCCAGAGGAGCAGCUGCAGAACGGACAGCAGGGCAAAAAGCAGAACGGAGAACAGAAUGGAGAAGAAGGUGAUGCACUGACAAAGACCAAGCCAGCCCGGCGGUUCAUUAUCGGCUCUUUGCGAAGAGCUGUCAGGGACUACAGCGUCCCAGAAAUCGGUCUGUUCCCAGAAGAGAAUGCAGAAGGGAAGAAGGUUACCUUCAGAGAUACAUCUGAUGAUGCCAGGAUUUUUGGUUUCCCCAUCAAGGCUAACUCUAUCAUCAUUAACGCUGGGCUAUGGCUCGUGUACGCGCAUCCCUUCUUCCAGGGUGUACCACGUGUCCUGGAGGUGGGGGGGUACUCAAACCCUGCAGCAUGGGGCGUGGAACAGCCCUAUGUGGGAUCACUACAUCCACUCAAAAUAGGCGAACCAAGAGUGGAAAAUACAAGUGAACCAAAGAUGGUGAUCUAUGACAAGCCGUACUUCAGUGGGAAAUCAAGGACCAUAACCACAAACAUGAGAGACUUCAUGACCAGAGUCGACCGGCAGCAGACAGCCUUUAUGUACAAUGUCGGCUCCAUUAAAGUGCUGGGAGGAAUCUGGGCGGGCUACGAGAAGGAGGGCUUCCGGGGACACCAGUACCUGCUGGAGGAGGGAGAGUACCAGGACUGGAGGGUGUGGGGAGGCCGUGACGCUGAGCUCCGCUCCGCUAGAGUGAUUCGAGCAGACCUGACAGACCCCGUGAUGGUGAUGUUUGAACAGCCAGAGGAAGACCAGGAGGGCAUGCAGGAGGAGAACACCUUUGAGGUGACGGAGGCAAUUCCUGAUGUUGAGCUGUUCGGGUACAAAACCUCUACACGCUCCAUUCACGUACUCAGCGGAGCAUGGAUAGCCUACUCGCACGUGGACUUCUCUGGUAACCAGUACAUCUUGGAAAAAGGUUUCUAUAACAAUUGUGCUGACUGGGGCUCUCAGGACACUCGCAUCUGCUCGGUGCAGCCCAUCCUGUUGGCUCCAGGUGACAGCACAAGGAGCAGGCAUGAGAUAAUACUGUACUCUGAGCCAGAUUUCCAUGGCGAGUGUCACGUCUUCGACCGUAACCAGGAAACCACUCCAGAAAAAUUAAAAACCAAGUCUUGCCGAGUUGCUGGGGGAAGCUGGGUGAUCUACGAGGGUGAGCAGUACUCUGGGAACUUGUAUGUCUUAAGUGAAGGCGAGUACCCCAAUUUAACCAGCAUGGCAUGUCCGCCGGACUGCAUCAUCCGUUCUGUCAAGGUCGUGCCAAUGAAAUUCUCAGUUCCUUCCAUAUCUCUGUUUGGCCUUGAGUGUCUGGAGGGCAGAGAGAUCACCAUGGACACAGAGAUCCCCAACAUGGUCGAAGAGGGCUUUAACAACCACAUUCUGUCCGUCAGAGUCAACAGCGGCUGUUGGGUGAUAUGUGAACACAGCAACUACAGGGGGCGCCAGUUCCUAUUGGAACCAAUUGAAAUCACCAACUGGCUGAAGUUUAGCUCACUGCAGACUAUUGGCUCAAUGUUUCCAGUCAGACAGAAGCGCCGCUAUUUACGCAUCAAGAACACAGAGAGAGGUCACUUCAUGUCAGUCCAGGGAGGCGUGGAGGAAAUGAAAUCAGGACGAGUGGUUGUGACACCAGAAGUGGAGCCCAUGAGUGACAUCUGGUUCUACCAGGAUGGCCUCAUCAAGAGCAAGUUGGCCCCGAACAUGAGCCUUCAGGUGAUGGGCAACAUAGAACCGGGAGCCAAGGUGGUUUUAUGGACAGAGACCCGGCAGCCUAUCCAGACCUGGGCAGCCCAGAUGAGAGGCCUCAUCACCAGCCUAACUUUCCCUGGCUGUGUCCUUGAUGUCAAAGGUAUGAAAAACUGCAAGUGACUUUGCAAACCAGUCAAGUUGCAGUUACAGUUCAUAUGUAGCCAUGACAAAAGACAAUAAAUCAAAUAUGGAUGUGGAUGCAAAGAAGCUACAGACUCUAAAACACGUUUGCUUCACAAACAUCCUCAACUAGGCAGCACAUUAGGGCUUUACAAUCAGCACAGUCUCAACAUGGGAACCCAAAAAAAGUGUCUCCAAGUCA